GCCUCCACUACAAGCUUGAGUGAAUAUACCACUCCCCUUGUCCCCUAUCUGCGCUUCUUCCUCUUCUGGUGCUCUCGGGUUAGCUAUUUGGCAGUCCAGAGGGCACCCUCUGGUGAGAGCGCAAGGCUAGCAGGACUCAUGGGUUCUAUUCCCAGCAACUCCCUUCCCCUCCCUGUGCCUCGGUUUCCCCACAGCAGAGAUUGCGUUGAAAUCUUUGGGUAAGCACUGAAUGUGCAAAGAGAUCUUGGUUUCUUGCUGGGGAUGCUGCCUCCACCCAUCUAAAGCGCUCCCCCUCCCCUCCCCUUUAUGAUGUCCUCUGGCUAGCUCAUGUUCCUGCCCUUACUGGGUUUGAAGAUCUAGGGACAGACCCACUCCUUAGCACAUGCAUGUCUCAGCCUGGGGAUCGCUUUGGUCAUUCCAGAUCCCCCUGCAUGCAUCCGCAUAGGGCUAGCACACCCUGCCUCCAUUUGCUUUUUAGUAGCUGUCGUCAGUUGCCAGAGACGAUGGCAUAGGAAUCCAUUGCGCUGCUGAAUAGUCAGCUUGAGCUGCUUUCUCUCCUAGGAGCAGACUCGGGGCAGAACGUGGUCACCCGCUGGGGCCAGGAAUUGCACCCCCCAUUGGUACAGCAUUGGGUAAUGCCUUCUCUUGAUGUGGGAUACAGAACUAGGUGGACCACUGGUGUGUGAGAGAAGUGAUAGAGAGACCCUUUCAUUCCCCCAGCAGCACGUCUGGGAGGUGAAGGGGGAGCCUCAGAAAAAAACAGCCGACAGGGUAACCGUCUCCCUCUGGCAUCUGUCCAUGGCAGAUUGAGGUAAGGCAGAAAGACCUCCCCAAUGAGUGUUUGAGCCUUUGUUUGUUGGAGACGAUGCUGCGAGCAGGGGAGUGGGGUACUGGGGGGAAUGGUGUAGUGGUUAGAGCAGGGAGAGUCUACCCCAAUAGCUUGUAGACAGAUCACUUCCCCUGCCUGCUUCAGUUUCCCCAUGUGUGACUGAGGGAGCAUUUCAGUGCCUGGAGAGCCUCUAAUGGAAAGGGCUGUAGAAGCACCAUUGCCAUUCAGCCCGGGCUCAAAGGUCAGACUCCUUCUAUCCCCUGACCAUGGGGGUGCGGCGUGAUGUGCCCCAAGAACAGAAUUUGGAAGAGCCCAGCAGCUCAGGGGAAGCCGCUCUGAGCAUCCAAUCAGAACGGUCUGGAUCUGGCCGUGGGGGAGCAUUAGGGAGCAAGUCUUAGUUCCAUAAGCAUCCAAAGAGGGGGCGCGGUAUCUGCUUUCAGCACAGUUCAUGGACAGACAUUUGUCAGCCUGACUUCUGAGCCAUCCUGUUGGGACUAUCAAGUCUGCUGACUCCACAGAGUCCUUGGAGCUGGCACCUCUGUGUUUAAAUCUGUUCAUUUUACGCUGAAGGCCAGCUGUUAACCCAAGCUCCUCCAGGCCAAGGGGAAACCAAAGGGCAGGAUGCAAAGCCCCUAGAUCCUUUUAGAAACUCAGGCAGGAGGGGCUAGUGAAUCUAACUCGCCCAUCUAUUCUAGAUUGACCCUAUCCCAAAGAGACCUUACAUCAAGGUAACCCCCAGACCAGGAACUCUGUUGGCCUCAGCUGACAUGUCAGGGGAAGAGCAGGAUUUCUGGAGGACCCACCAAGCAUCCUGCUAGCAGAGGUGAAAGAUGACUUGAGGGAUUCCCCGAAGAUCUCCCAGUCUCUUCUCUCUAACCACUGUGAGCCUUAAACACCCAGGGGGAAUCCAACCUGAGAUGAAGCAGGAGAGCAGAGCGGAUUGGGCCUUCUCUCUGUCUCUCUCUCUCUCUCUCUCUCCCUCCCAGCCCAACUCCACCAUCCCUUGUUCUGCGAAAGCAGCGAGCUCCGUCCCCGCCACAGUGCUCUGGAUGCUGUCGGAAGGCUCCCUGCUCGCUUCCCUCCUUGAUCCCUGCCCCCUGACGUGGGGGGUCCCGCAACAGAGAUGGGGCCAGCAGAGCUCGUGUGCGGGACGAGAACGGAGGCAUCUCUACCACCGGGUACCUCCAGCAAUAGUCUCGACUCCCUGUUAAUUGCAAUUGGCUCCAGCAGAGAAGGAUGGAGUGCGGGGACUGCAGGCUCCUCUGCAUUGGAUGAGCAUGGUGAGCUGCUCCUGAGGUUGGGGGUGGACCUUGUAGUGAGUGCACCCAAUGGAGAUCAACGAUGUGAUGAUUGGCGGCGACGGGACCCAAUGGGCGCUGGUCCGUGGGAAGCAGGUACCGGGCGGGGCGGAAGAGGCGGCUGGACUGCUGGUGAUGGGGCUGCUGACUAUUCUGAAGAAGAUGCGACAGAAGGAGCGGGAGCUGCGGCUUCUCAUGCUUGGCCUAGACAAUGCUGGCAAAACCACCAUCCUGAAGAAGUUCAACGGGGAGGAUAUCGACACCAUCUCGCCCACACUGGGCUUCAACAUCAAAACCCUGGAGCACCGGGGGUUCAAGCUGAACAUCUGGGACGUGGGCGGACAGACAUCCCUGCGCUCCUACUGGCGCAACUACUUUGAGAGCACGGAUGGUCUCAUCUGGGUGGUGGACAGCGCUGACCAGCAGCGCCUGCAGGUCUGCAAACAGGAGUUGCAGAGCCUCCUGGUGGAAGAGCGCCUGGCCGGAGCUACCCUGCUCAUCUUCGCCAACAAACAGGACCUGCCGGGAGCACUGUCCUCCAAUGCCAUCCGGGAGGCCUUGGAACUAGACAGCAUCAAAAGCCACCAUUGGUGCAUCCAGGCCUGUAGUGCCUUCACUGGGGAGAACCUGCUGACGGGGAUCGACUGGCUCCUGGAUGAUAUUUCCAGCCGGAUCUUCACCACGGACUGACCAUGCCCCAGACGUGGCCCACUCCUUUGUGGGGGGGCUGCAGGAGUGGGGGUGGGGCUGCAUCCAAGCUUUGAACAGAGUUCCCAGGACCAUGUGGCUGUUGUUUCCAUGGACCCUCCCAUCAUGCUUUCCUCCAACAGUCAGUCACCGGGACAGCAACUCCCCUUGGAUUCGGCCUAGAUCCCAGCUGCCCCCUGGAAUGAUGCAUGGCUUAGUGCCCCUGGCCCGGGUCUCGUGCAUGCGUUUCAGGGUUUGAGCCUCUAAUGCUGGCAAUCAAUUGGACCCAAAUGAUGGGGGAAGCUGGGGAAGCAGAGGGACCAGGCCAUUUAUAGUCACGGGGGUGGGGGCUGAGGCCCCAUCACUGGAGCACAAGGCCUGUUGAACUGUGUGUAUGAGUGGGACUGGUAGAGAGGAACUCCCCCCACCCAAAAAAAAAAAAAAAAAAAAAAACCACCAACCAAACACCCCCACCUCUGUAUCAAACAUUCACUCAUAUUUUUCAUCGCCUGCGCUAAUAAAAUCAGUGGCCUAUG